GUAUUCAUCAUCUACACCUCGGCCUAGUCAUAGUCUUCAAGCGUCUUCGUCUUCUCGGUUCAUGAUAGCACUGAAUCGUCUGAAAUCACAACCACUCACGGGGAAGCGAACCAAUACAGUGGUUCCCGAUAUAUCGCUGAGUGCUCCGCCUAAGAGGAUGGCGGCUUCCAAAAGCUCGCUAACGGAGCGCAUUAGAAACAAGUUAUCCGUCUCCUCAUCGGUGGUGCAUAGAAAAAAAGAAAAACUAUCCUGUCCCUCUACUCCUAAACCGGUGUAUCGUUCGAUUUCCACUUCGUCCAUUUCGCCUAAUAGGGCCCAGGUCACAGCGGCUGCAUCUCGACGGACCACGCCAUCCUCUACCGCCCAACGCAAUCAUCAAGAAAUCACUCCCGCCCCGAAAAGCAUCCUCAAACGUUCGGCCAGUACGACUUGCUGCAAUUUGAGUGACGAGGAGCAGGCAGGCCACCGGGCCAUCAAGAUCAGAAGUAGUAUGAUGGAUGACCUUCAACCACUGUAUCAAAUCCAACAGCAGUAUCGACGUCUGUCACCUUCGAUGCAACGUCGAUUGUUUGGUAAAAAGCUCAAGGUGCGAUUUGCCAAGGAUGUCGGUGUCAAAGAAACCUUUGGUCAGCAGGAAUACGAUCGUGGAUCGGAUCCCCAUGCUGUUUGUAACCGGCUCACACCCUUCUUGGCCCAACAAAUCAAAGAAGAACUGAACGCUUACAAAUUGCGAGAAAUGCUUGUUCACGACUACAGUCGGAUACACACGCAUUUUUUCCUGUAAUCUAUCUACGAAUCCCAUAUUAGUUUCCCAAAAAAAAGGUUCCCACAUCUAUUUUCCUUUUCCCAUCUAUUCCCUGAGCACUUUUCUCUCAUCCCCCUUAUUUUUAUAUAACCAGUUCACUUCUAUUAAUAUCAUGUAAGUUUUCUUUUCUUAUUCAUAUUAUUACCUCGCUAUGACUUCUUUUUUUUCCCAUCGAUUCUUCCUUUCGAAAAAGCUCGUCAACCAACAUUUUGGGCGUUGAACGCAAGACCAUCACCAAAAAACCAAAUUCCGCAAUAAAC